AGGGGGAGAGAGAGAGUGUGCACUGGGAGAGUGAGUGGGAGUUUCUAGUGGGAACAGAACAUUUACUGUUUCAUAUUACACAAAAGUGGAGAAAGAGGAGAGGAGUUAAUGGUGGCUGAGGGUUCUGGUGGGUCGUGCAGUCAGAAUGUAGCUCAAUGGUUAAGUGCUCUGCUCUUGUCUGGGUUUAUGGAUCCGCUGACUGUGGAAAAUGCACCUCUCUGUAGUGGUCCUCGUCCUGACUGAGGCUCUGGUUCUGGUCACAGAGGUCAGUCAUGCUCUGAAUGUGACAGUGACCCCUGGUCCUGUAGUGAUGGUCACGGAGAAAGACAAUGUGACACUGUCCUGCCUGGUGUCUCAGAGGAAGUGGAGCAACAGUGUCCUCAUCCUGCGCUGGUUCUUCACUCCCCCUGCUGAUCCCACCCCUUUGCCUCCACCCUCUCUUCCAUCUCCUCCACCUUCAGCUGAGCCUACUCAGUUUCUCAUCGUGAAGAUGGGCAUCAAGAAAAUGAAGCUGUAUGGCAACUACACCCGCGGCUUCCCGUCGCCAAAGUUUCGUUUGUAUGAGGAAACAGAGGGGGAGUCGUACCGACUGUGUAUUUUCAGCGUGACCAGGUUGGACCAGGGGUUCUACACCUGCAAGGUGCAGGAGAUCCGCAAGCUCAGGAACACGUGGAGGGCAUCGUCCAAUGGUACCAGCACCACCCACCUGACAGUGCACUUUACUCACGAGGAGGGAAACAGUGAAGGAGUGUGGACUUUAUUUGCAGAUGUGUAUCUGUGUGCUGUGGUCAUCUGCUCGCUGGGACUGCUGUCCAUCUUCUUCUUCAGUCUGGUCCUCACUUGCCAGUAUUUUCACAAACGUCACAGACUCAAGACCAGUUACCUUCUCGUCAAAUGUCCAGAGAGCAGCUCAGGAGAAACAGUGACGAGCUCCAGCAGUUCCUCCAGCUCCUCCCCAAAAACACAGAGGAGAGACCUGCGAGCCCACACUGACAGGGGGGUCACAAUAACACCACCUAAACUACCUGUGGAGCCUCCACCACACAUACCAGCCAAAGUGCCCAUUCCUGCCAAAAGACCUCAGAAGCCCAGAAGGUUAAAGGCUCCGGCGAGGAGAUCUGCUGCUCCUCGGGUUUCACAGGAGGACAGUCUGACAUAUGCAGAACUGGAGCUGGUGAGACCGAGGUCGGAGCCCCAGGCCUCCUCCAGCCCUGACCCCGCACCCUCCAGCCCGGACACAGUGUACGCUCAGAUCCUGUUCCAGGAGAAACAGCUGUGAACACAGAGCAGCGCGGUACCUCCUGCGGUGAGGAUUCGACUCUAACAACUCACCUAAAAUGGGUUCACAAAAAAAAGAGACUAUAUUUAAGAAUUACCAGUCAGACUUUGAUAUUUUUUGGCUGACUAGGUUACAGCUGCAGUUGAUGAGGCCGUCGUGUUCCAGUUCAACACAACAGUUUCGGGUCUUGUCAUUCGGUUGUUGUUUGUUGGCAUCACAGGCCUGGGAGCCAGAUGUUUGUGAGAAUGUCAUUACUGGUAACAGUUGUGUAUAAACACAGGAGACUGUGUGCAGAGAAUGUGGCCCAGGCUGUAGCUGCAGAGUCAGUGACAGCCAGCGUUUAAACUGCAUUUAUAAUUAUAGCUCUAAUAAAAAAAAUAUAUAAAUUA